UGAGGGGGCUCGGCUGGGACAGCCCCGGUGCAGGGAUGGUGUCUGGGGAUGGCAUCUCAGGGGGGCUGCUGAGGGAUUGAAUUAACUCCUGUAAAAUCGCUGCCCAGGCGGUCACACGGCGCCAGGAGCCAGAGGUGCACUUUUGAUCCAGCAAAGAGGUUCUGGUCUUUCCUCACUUAUUUUGAGUGUUUGGUUGAAGAGUAGCGAUGCAGUUGUUAACGUGCUGCUGCGGACCUGCACUGAGGUGGAUAUCUUAAAUCCACCUGGAAGCCAAAUCUAGUGCAAGCCAAGGCAGGUCACUUGAUGGUGAAGCAUCCUGAAUCCUCCACAUGAAGUCCCUGGUCUCGGGGAUCUGUGUGGGGCAGGAAGUUUUCUGGGGAUCUCAGCAAGAGGGGAGGUUUUCUCUGUCACCUGCUCAAUCUGUUCUACCCCUUGUCUUCAGGGAAUGGGAGUGAGGAGAAUCCUAAUGCUGCUCUUUCCACCACUGGACCUCACUUGGGAAUAUAAAGCCUUUAAAUCCUUUCUUUUUCACACUCGUGUUACUAGAUUUUAGGCAAGAGGAGCAUCAGUCCUGUGGGUGUGAGUAGGGGAAAAAUCCAGAGGCAAGUGCAGGGAGCACCCAGGAUUUUCUGAAUUUGGAACAGUGACCACUUCACCUUCUGCUGUGUUAUCCCUUCCUGGGGACCUCCAGCCACCUCUGUCCUGGAUAGCUGUCCCCAAAAAUGUUUCCUUGCUUUCCAAUCCCUGCGGUUUAACAAUCAGUGUGAGCGGACUGGGCUCGCUGCUCCCCGUGCUGGCUGCCCGUCCCCGCCGUCCCCCAGGACAGGGGCUGCAGUGCUCGCUAGGGGUUCUGCCACUAUGCCCCGUAUCCCCCUGAGUCACAGACGGAAAAAUCGCUUGCUCAGGUCUCCGGGCAACGAGCAAUGAGCUCCUCUUCUCCCUGGGGAAGGCAGGGAUCUCCCAGCGCAUCCCCCAUCCAUCAGGGCAAUCCAUCCGGCAGCGCGCCAAGGAUGCAGGAAAGCGUUCCCUCCUGCCCAGGGCGGCGAGCAGGAAGGGGAGACAAGGUUCACAGCGCAUUGAAAAGGGGACGGAAAGGGCCCCGGGUCUGUCCUGCUCAGAGCCCUCAGGCACUGGUGCUGAGUGAGGUUGGGAGGUCGCAGGUGCCGCUCUCCGCGCCGUGUCCCGCCCGCAGCGCAGCCCCGGCCGUGGGGACCGGCUCUGCCCGCCCGGCCCCGCUCCUGCCCCGCCGGGCUCGGGUUUCCCCUGAGCCUGCCCCGGUGACGCUGCCUGUCCCCACAGCUCCGCCACAGCCCGGGGACGGACAUGCUGACCCGGGCCACCGGCUGACCCCCGGCUGCCGGGUCACGCAGUCACGGCGUGUCCUGAGCUGCAGGGACCGCCAGGAUCAUCAGCCCUGCCCCGUGUCCCUGCACAGCAUCACCCGCACCAUGGAGCCGGCUCCGGAGCUGAAGAGGAAUAGUUUUCCCAGCAUGAACUUUGAAGCAGAGAUUCUGACAACUCCACUCGAUAAUUCAGAGCUCUACAUGAUCCCUUCCAUGAGAAGCCUCACAGCUGAGGAGUAUGUGGAGGCCUUCAAGUCGUUCUUGGAUCACUCAACAGAGCACCAGUGCAUGGAUGAGUUCAACAAGGAACAAAUGCCCCACAUUGUGGCUGGCCUCGGCACUGGAAAAUCGACCAUCAAUGUUCUGGGAGUUGGGAGUGGCACAGGUGAGCAGGAUUUGAAAAUGAUCAGGAUACUGCAGGCUGUGCACCCAGGGGUCUCUAUUGACAAUGAGAUUGUGGAGCCCAACCCACAGCACGUGGCAGCUUACAAAGAGCUGGUGAAUCAAGCUCCAGACCUGCAGAAUGUUUCUUUUAUUUGGCACCAGCUCACUUCCUUGGAGUAUGAACAGCAGGUGAAGGAGAAAGGCACACAUAAGAAAUUUGACUUCAUCCAUAUGAUCCAGAUGCUGUACCGUGUGGAGGAUAUUCCCAAUACUAUCAAGUUUUUCCACAGCUGCCUCGACCAUCACGGUAAACUCCUGAUCAUAAUUUUAUCAGACAGCAGCGGAUGGGCCAGCCUGUGGAAGUGGCACCGGGACUGCCUGCCCGCCACCGACAGCGGCCACUACAUCACCUGCGGCGGCAUCACCGAGGUGCUGCGGCGGCUGGGGGUGCAGCACCGCGUCUACGAGCUCCCGUCGGGCUGGGACAUCACCGAGUGCUUCAGCGAGGGGGACGCGGUGGGCGGCCGCAUGCUGGAUUUCCUGACGGGCACAAAGAACUUCCAGGGCACGGCCCCGGCGGCGCUGCGGCGGCGGCUGCGGGAGGCUCUGCGCCAGCCCGAGUGCAGCAGCACCAGGGACGGCAGGGUCAUCUUCAGCAACAACCUCAGCAUGAUCGUCGUGGACUCCUAGAGCCCGGAGCCCGCCCGGACUUGGGGUUUUUUAAUGCGUCCUGUCUGUGCUUUCACCGGGACUUCCACUUUUACUGCGCAGCCAGCGUGUUUUACACACCUACAGAGCGGUCUGCGCCGCCUCUGCAGCUGGGAGGAUGUUAUAAAUAUUAAAUAGAAAAAUUAUAUGCUAUAAGAUUGGCUUUUCACAAAAUAAUGAAUGUUAUAUAUAUAUAUAUAUAUAUUGUUAAAGUGGUUUUGCUGUAGUUUUUAUUUUGACUAAAUUUAGGCAUAGUAGUGGAAUGGCUGAUAGUUAUGAUUAGUUAUGAUGAGUUAUAUAUAUUAUACUUGAACUGUCUGCCUGUCUGAGAUAACAGCCAGUGAACAUAUGAUGAGGACCCCAGUGAUGAUAGGCCAGUUAUCAACACCCAGCAUCUGUGGGGAGAAUGGACCAAGGCCCAAACUGAAAGCGAUAGGGAAGAUAGACAUGUGCUCUAAAAAGGGGAGUGGCCAUGAAAAACAGUUCUUGGAAAAGUUUAAAAAUGGAUAAUUGUUUAUGAAUAUGCAGCAGGCUGAUGCAAUUGAAACGGUAUCUAAAGGAUGUGUCCAAAACAGCAGGUGUGCUCUUGGCAGAAUGCCAAGCACCCGUCCAUUUUAUUGUCUUUGUCUCCUAUUGUCUUUUUUAUUAAACCUUUUAGAAUUUACCAGGAAAAGUGAACGUUUUUCUUCACAAGAAGGUGGCAGCCCCUGUGCUGGAUGUGUACAGGCCCACUGCUUCCAUGUGUGCCAGGACAAAACCAGCAAGAUGUCCCUGCUGCUUUGCACCCAGGUAAUGUCACAGCACCCAGGCCUGAGCUGUAAGUUGCUCUGCACUAGGCUAUUCCACGUGGUUUUAUCAGGCAUUUACUGCCCCAAGUCUCUCAGCGUCUCACAAUAUAGAGAUGUCUUAAAAAAUUAUCAGCCUUUUGGUUUGGAAAAUAUUUUGGAGCCCAGGAUGAUACUUGCACUGUGCUUUUUCAGGCAGACAUUAAUUUUGUUAUUUUCUUACUACUGUUUGUCUCCGUAUAAAAUAAAAGCAACCUUAAACCCAAAAAGUCACAUCUGGUUCUGCACAUGUGGGAUUAUAGAAAAUGAAGAGCAAAGAGGUCAUUGAGUUAAA